GAGUUAGAUGAGAUCAAGAGUAGUACACACCUGAGCAUUUGAGACCCAGUUUGAGUGAGGACUUGAUUGUUUGGUAACCUUCUGCUGAUGGUGUAUUCUCUAUAAAGUCAGCUUGGAAUGAAUGGAGGCCUAAGGGUCCCAAGGUUAAUUCGUCUACUCUGCUGUGGUUUAAGUGUCAUAUUCCUAGAGUUAGCACUGUGAGUUGGCUUGCUUUCCAGAAUAGACUUAGCACCUUGGAUAGGAUGAUUAUGUUUGGUAUUAGUGUAUCUGCUACACGUGUAUUGUGUGAGGAGCAAAAUGAGGACCACAAUCACCUAUUUUUUGGCUGCUUUUUCUCUCAUCUUUGUCCACUACCAUUUACAAACUUGUGCUUACUUGCUCCAUCUUUUGUAUUUGGCAUGAAAGAAAUUACAGAAUUUUCCAAUCAAAAAAGUCUAAUGAGAAUUCUGUGCUGAGUAGGAUUAAAAAUCUGAUCAGACAUAGAUUGUUGUCUGUGAGCAAGUUUAAAGCUGAUCAGGCUAAUGAUUAGCAUAUAAAGGAGUGGUCACUUUCUCCUUCUAUUGUUCAAUCAAAUGGCUAAUGUUCUGUUUACAGGAUCUCUUUAUGGAGGUAGUUGGCAAAUCAUCCAUUUCUGUGGAAUUCUUUAAGUUGCUGUAGCUGGGCGCUCCUUUUUUAUGUCUCUGGCUGCCUUUCAUGGCUCUUAGUGGUGCUGCUGCUGUCAGUGUGUUGUUCAGAGUUUCCUGUUGUGGUACAUGGUGAGAGUCUUCUGUAAUGGUGCAUGGCAGUGUGCCUGCUGUCUGUGUGCUGAUGUUCUUGUGGCUGUCUCUUGUUGCUAGUAUUCAAGCUGGUUCUCUUUGUUUGCUGCAAUGCUGGGUUUGGUAGCUUUCUAAUUCAGUGAGCUGCUGUUUUUGUGGUGGUCCUUUAGGUUUUGGUUUUAGCAGUUUGUUGGUAGUUUUUUUGUUUUCUUCAGUUUUUGCUCUGCUGGGUGUUUUGUCUGUUUCUAUUAGGGCCAGGGGAAUUCCCCUUGUAUUUGUGUAAUCUUUUGUCUUUUAUUUUAUGACUUAUUCACCCAAAAAAAUGAAUAGGAAAGGUAUUGAUAAUUUUUUAAAGCAAUGGAUAGCAAUAUAAAAUCAUGGGCUAUCUUGGUUAGUUCACUUGGUGUGAAAAUCUUGUUUGCUAAAAGAUAUUGUUGCUACUGCAGAGUAGCCAAGAGAUGCUAAUAAACGGUAUUGAAACAUGGUCGCCGAAACUUACAGUCAAAAGGGCAGCGGUUGACUUUUCCUCACCCAACAUUGCUAAAGAAAUGCAUGUCGGCCACUUACGAUCUAGAAUUAUUGGAGACACUCUAGCCCCGCAUGCUAGAGUUUUCAAAUGUUGAGGUUCUUCGGAGAUACCAUGUUGGUGACUGGGGUACACAGUUUGGUAUGCUGAUUGAAUUUCUUUUCGAAAAAUUUCCAAACGUGGUGGCUGUCAAUGAUCAAGCUAUCGGAGAUCUCGUGGCAUUCUAUAAGGCAUCAAAACAAAGACUUGACAGUGAUCUUGAAUUUAAGAAGAGGGCACAACAAGCGGUGGUCAGUCUCCAGGGUGAGGAAGAGAAGUAUCGGAAGGCAUGGGCACAAAUCUGUGAAAUCAACCAAAGGGGAUAUCAAAGAGUUUAUCAACUUCUAGGAAUUAAAGAUAGAGAAGGUGCUUAACUGAUAUUUUUCUUUCUAACUAAUGACAACGUCAAACAUUGAUUUUGUUUUCCACACAAGUUUUUUGCUCCAUGGGGCCACUUAAAAAAGACACCAACUUUUGAUUUCAAUCUAUAGUGUGCAUGCUAAAAAUAGAACAUUCUUGGUUUAUGGUUCACAGCCCCUUGCCGCACCUAGUGUUUGUUUCAUCCAAUUCAAAUGUAUCUGCUUCAAGUCAUUAUUACUUUAUAUUUGACUCAUGUUAUCAGGUUGGCCAUUUUGUAUGACUACUUGAAUUGAUGCUAGAUUGAUAUAUAAGAUCACAAUUCUACAAACAUAAAACAUUGUUAUUUCAUCACCUUAGUUAUUGUAUAGCCAUAAUAAGUAACAGAUUACUUUAAAUUAAUGGGCACAAGAACUGUGGCAAGACUAGACUAUGAAUCUUAGUUGAAUUAUGUUAUUGCAUAUGCAAUGAGGACAUUAGUAUGGUACAGGCUUAUAGUAUGGGAGGCCAGAGGCCCAUAAAUGUAAUUUACCAUUGUUUAUUAUUUUUUAUUUUGGACUCAAGCAAAUUACUUAAUUCAAUAGAACUAGUAUUUUAUAUGCUAGUUUCAAUCAAGAAAAUUGAAAUUAAAGAUAUAGAUAGGUGAUGGGUGAUGGAUUUGAGGUGGCAUUUAGUGUUUUAGACAAUGAUUCUUUUACAA